GCAAAUUAUGGUCUUCCUUCAAUCUCACAGGUAAUGCAGGUGGUGAAGGAACAGGUUAUGAGAGCUCUUACAACCAAGCCUAGCUCCCUGGACCAGUUCAAGAGCAAACUGCAGAACCUGAGCUACACAGAGAUCCUGAAAAUCCGCCAGUCUGAGAGGAUGAACCAGGAAGAUUUCCAGUCUCGCCCGAUUUUGGAACUAAAGGAGAAGAUUCAGCCAGAAAUCUUGGAGCUGAUCAAACAACAACGCCUGAACCGCCUCGUAGAAGGGACCUGCUUUAGGAAACUCAACUGCCGGCGGAGGCAAGACAAGUUUUGGUAUUGUCGGCUCUCACCAAACCACAAGGUCCUGCAUUAUGGAGAUCUGGAAGAAAGUCCCCAGGGAGAAGUGCCCCAUGAUUCCUUGCAGGACAAACUGCCGGUGGCAGAUAUCAAAGCUGUGGUGACGGGAAAGGACUGCCCUCAUAUGAAAGAGAAAGGUGCCCUCAAACAAAAUAAGGAGGUUCUUGAACUUGCUUUCUCGAUCUUGUAUGACUCAAACUGCCAACUGAACUUCAUAGCUCCUGACAAGCAUGAGUACUGUAUCUGGACAGAUGGGCUGAAUGCGCUACUGGGGAAAGACAUGAUGAGUGACCUGACACGGAAUGACUUGGACACGCUGCUCAGCAUGGAAAUCAAGCUCCGCCUCCUGGACCUGGAAAACAUUCAGAUCCCUGACGCGCCUCCACCCAUCCCCAAGGAGCCCAGCAACUAUGACUUCGUCUAUGACUGUAAUUGAAGCACCCUGGGCCCAGAUGCACCCCCCUCCAAAACUGGAAGAUUUAGCUAAUAGGAGAGAAGAAUGAAAAGGCGCCCACACUGUGGAAUCCACUGUGGUCAAGGGACGCUGUGGGUCCACACUUCCUUUGGCCUUGCCUCCUCUAACUCUGGCAUUUUUCUGCCUCUCCCUGGCAUCCUGCUCAUCACCCUGAUUCUGUUUCUAGACUCCAUUGCUUUAGGUCACCUCCCGUCGCUGCAGUCGAAGGUGGGAGAAAAGCAAAAUCCACCGCCAGUGAGAGAGCCAAAGGGCCCUUCCAUCUUCAUUCCAGCAGGCAAGUCCUCCCCUCCUAAAGGCUGCAAGUCAGUGGCCCAGACCUCCUCCCAAUCUGCAGCCAGACACAGGGGUGUGCCCCAAGCUCUGAGUCUGGAAGAACCGGAAACGGUCUAGCCACUUGAGAAGACAAACACCACCCCUUGUUCCCGUUCUCUCUAGGGUCUGCUCACACCACCAGUUCCAUGUGAAUUGAAAUCUGCUUCUAAAUGCCCUCCUUUUCCCAUCCUGGCCUCUGCCUGCCUGGUUCCUCUCUGGUUCCAAGAGCAGCAGCGGUUGCCUCAUCCUAGUUCUCACAAGCGUUGGGUCACCAGACACAAUCUGAGGGUCCCGUGGCCACAUCACGUCUGCCCUGUGGCUGUGACCACCCUUCCUGUCUCUCAGCUAGUCUUGGGUUUCUUCUCCCUGCUCCAGCCCUGACCUGCCUUCCUCAUUGCCACACACUCCUCCAGCCCCUUAGCUGAAAGCACAAUGCUGAACUCAGUUGUCCUGCUUCAUCUCUAAUGUACUAAAUCUAAAAGCCUCGAUGACAGGCAGUUGCUAUCUAAGGGUCUGGGGGGGUUCUGCUGCAACACAGGUUCCACAAGAUGGUCAAGCUGUCAGACAUCCAAGUUUACAUCGUUGUAGUUAUUACAGGUAUUGACAAUUUGCAAAGGGUUUGGGUUGUUGGUUUUGGGGGUUGGUUUUUUUUUUUUUUUUUUUGCUUUGUUUUUGUAUAAAAGAGUCUAACAUUUUUUGCCAAACAGAUAUAUAUUUAAUGAAAAGAAGAGAUACAUAAAUGUGUGUACUUUCCAGGUUUUUUUUUUUGUUGUUUAAUUAUUUGAGUCCUAAACAUCUUCCUGAGAAUAACAUUCCCCUAAACAUGCUGUGGAAUAAAAUUAAUUGUGAUGAGUUGGA